AUCUUGAUGGAUAGUCUAAUGUCAAAUUUUUCUAUGAUUAGGAUGCCGAAUUAGAAUUAUUUAUAUGUGAGGUUAGUUCGCUUCGCGAUUUGUCCGGAAAAACGAUAACGAAACGAUAUUUUAUGUUUAAGAUAAUUUUAUAAAUACAAGGCUUCAAAAUGACGAUCGGAAAAAAUAACAAAAUGAUACAACACAUAAACUACAGAGUCAGGAUAACCCUACAAGACUCUAGAACAUUUAUAGGUACUUUCAAAGCAUUCGAUAAACACAUGAAUAUGAUAUUAGGGGACACUGAGGAAUUCCGCAGAAUGAAAUCUAAAAACUCGAAAGUAGAAAGAGAGGAAAAAAGAACUUUAGGUUUUGUAUUGUUGCGAGGAGAGUCUAUAGUAUCUCUGACGGUAGAAGGGCCUCCUCCACCAGAGGAAGGAUUACCAAGAGUGCCAAUUCCUGGGGCAGCUCCGGGUCCAGGUAUUAGUCGUGCUACUGGUCGUGGAAUGCCAGCUGGAAUAGGUGGUGUACCUGUAGGUUUGCAAGGACCCGUUAGGGGAGUUGGGGGUCCUUCACAGCAAGUUAUGACUCCAGGAGGUAGAGGACAAGUAUCUGCUCCUCCCCAAAUGUCUCAAGGACCUAGAAUGGGAGCACCUCCACCAGGAAUGAUGGCACCACCACCUGGUAUGAUGGGUAUGCCUCCAGGACCCAUGGGAAUGGCCCGAGGUGGUCCACCUCCUCCAAUGGGCAUGAGAGGCCCUCCACCUGGUAUGAUGAGAGGUGGACCCCCUGGACCACCAAGACCAUAUUAGUUUAGAUUACCGUGAAAAAGAUUUCAAUUUAUAUGGAAUAAUUCAAUUAAGAUAUUGUUUAUUGAGAAAAAUUGUAAUAAAGAAAGAAAAAUGA